AAUAAAUCUGGUGUUCAAAUAAAAUCAGAUCAAGACUGUACAACAAUACACGAUGCAUAAAGAAUAACAAAAAAAACAAUAAAUAGGAUCACAUAAUAUUAUAUAUUCAUCAUGUGUAAAAAUUGGACCUCUGUCAAAAUAUUUAUUUUUUUCACUCUCUUAAUUCAAGAGACAUCUAGUCAGAGGAGGAAAAAAGCAAAAAAUGAAUCUGGUGCAGAUGUAGUCGAUGCUGCAUUAGAAAAACUCAAAGAAUAUUCAGAUACAGGCAUAGAAUUCCUAAGAAAUAUUGCCUGUGUGGAAUCAAAGUAUGGUACAGAAAAAGAUACAUAUCGGGAAAACUAUCAUGGAGGAAUUUGGCAGGUUGAUGAGGCAAGAUUUACUGACACCAAAGACACAACAUCACAUCCUGAGCUUAUUGAAAGCUAUGAAAAGAUCAAAGAACUUUAUGACAUUGACUGGGAGACUGUAAAAUGGAAAAAUCUGAAAGAUCCCUUCUAUUCUGUUCUGGCUGCAAGAUUAGUUUUGCAGAACCAAGGUGAGAGUCUGCCCUCAGAGAAAGACAUAGAAGCACAAGGGGAGUAUUGGGAUAAAAAUUAUGACACAACAGAGAAUGAAGAAACAGCAUUUAACUUUGCGCUGCGUGUGAAAGGAUGUAGAAGAAAAGAAAGAAAUGGAAGAAAACAAAAAGAGGAGAAGACGAAUACUGAUGAAAACACAGGAGAAGAAGUGCCUCAAGGAGGUGACGAGGGUGAAAAUGAUAGAGAAGUAAUUAUUGCAGGAGAGGAAACUAUAAUACAAGAUAAUACCACAAAGGAAGAGACAGAGACUAAGACUCCAUCUGGUAUAGAUGUAGUCAAUACAGCUUUAGAAAAGCUGACGCAAUAUGCAGAUAAAGGCCUAGAAUUCCUGAGAAAUAUUGCCUGUGUGGAAUCAAAGUAUGGCACAGACAAAGACACAUAUCGGGAAAACUACCAUGGAGGAAUUUGGCAGGUAAAUGAGGCAACUUUUAAUGAAACCAAAGAUACUGCAUCACGCUCUAAACUAAAGAAAAACCUUGAGAAGAUUAAAAACCUUUAUGACGUCAACUGGGAGAGUGCUACAUGGAAAGAAUUAAGAGACCCAUUCUACUCUGCUUUGGCCGCAAGACUAUUUCUCCAAAUUCAGGAUGAGAAACUGCCCUCGGAGAAAGACAUCAAUAAACAGGGGGAGUAUUGGAGUCAAUAUUAUAAUCCAGAUGAUGGUACAAGAACAGCUGAUGAAUUUGUACAACGUGUUGAAGAAUGCACAAAAAAGGAAGAACCAACUGAUAAACCAACUGAAAAACCAGAUGAAACGCCAGAAGAUGAGGAUCGAGGCAAAGAGAGUAGCCAAGUAGGAAAACCUGUACAAUGGAUUGGGUGCCCAUCAGGCCCAAAGGUACCAGAAUGGGAAAGAUUAGUGGCUGAUCCCAACAGCUGUGACCACUUCUAUCACUGCAAUUCAAAUGGAUUGACGUGGAGAAAAGCAUGCCCAAGUAUCAUCAGGGGUUCAAAGCUUAGACUUCACUGGAAUGAUGAACUGAAGGUGUGUGAUUGGCCGAGUAGAGCACACUGUAAGGUGACCAAGAAAUGAAUGACUGAAGGAAAAGGUUGUGAGACACCAAUAGUGUUGUAUUGUACAAUGUUUUAAAAUAUAUUGACUAGAUCCAUAAUGUCAGUGGUUGGC